AUGAGCAAAGACAUGAAUCUGGAGUACAGCAAGAAGGAGACUUUUAUUCUGCUUCUUGCUAUACUCCAGAUUCAUGUUCUUCGGCGUGGGCUGCUUCCUCUGUAUAGUUUGAGGGAGAAGUAUUUGGUGAAACAGGAUGAGUCUGAUGAUGAGAUUGGGAGGGAAGAGGGAUGUUGGACGAGGGUGAUGAGGGAGGAGGGUGAAGAGGAAGAAGAAGAAGAAGAAGAAGGAGGAGGAGGAGAAGAAGAAGAAGAAGAAGAAGAAGAAGAAGAAGAAGAAGAAGAAGAAGAAGAAGAAGAAGAAGAAGAAGAAGAAAGAAGAAGAAGAAGAAGAAAGAAGAAGAAGAAGAAGAAGAAGAAGACAACCCUCCCACCGACUCGAUCAAUCCCCAUCCCCACGAAAGCCCAUACUCGAGUGAUUCACUUCCCUCAACCAACAACCACCCAACACAUCUAUCCAACGCUAUAA